CCCUCCUUCGCCACAGGCUCACAGCAGAGGCAGCAGCGAGGUGUCCAAUUUGGGCACGUGAGGCCCGUGAUCCGCGGCGGUGGACGCCAGGCAGGGCAUGAAGACCCCCAACGCACAGGAAGCCGAAGGGCAACAAACCAGGGCAACUGCAGGACGGGCCACUGGGUCUGCAAACAUGACAAAGAAAAAAGUCUCCCAAAAGAAGCAGAGAGGCAGACCUUCAUCCCAGCCCCGCAGGAACAUCGUGGGCUGCAGAAUUUCUCAUGGAUGGAAGGAAGGAGAUGAGCCCAUCACCCAGUGGAAAGGAACCGUUCUGGAUCAGGUGCCUAUAAAUCCCUCUCUUUAUCUGGUGAAAUAUGAUGGAAUUGACUGUGUCUAUGGACUGGAACUUCACAGAGAUGAAAGGGUUUUGUCUCUUAAAACUCUUUCUGACAGGGUGGCAUCAUCUCACAUUAGUGAUGCCAACCUUGCAAAUACCAUAAUUGGCAAAGCAGUGGAACACAUGUUUGAGGGAGAGCAUGGUUCUAAGGAUGAAUGGAGGGGGAUGGUCUUAGCUCAAGCACCUAUCAUGAAAGCCUGGUUUUAUAUUACCUAUGAGAAAGAUCCUGUCUUGUACAUGUACCAGCUUCUAGAUGAUUAUAAGGAAGGUGACCUCCGCAUCAUGCCAGAAUCCAGUGAGUCUCCUCCAACAGAGAGGGAGCCAGGAGGAGUUGUUGAUGGCCUAAUAGGUAAGCAUGUGGAAUACACCAAAGAAGAUGGCUCCAAAAGGAUCGGCAUGGUCAUUCACCAAGUGGAAGCCAAACCCUCUGUGUAUUUCAUCAAGUUUGAUGAUGAUUUCCAUAUCUAUGUCUAUGAUUUGGUGAAAAAGUCCUAAUUGUUAGGGUAAAAUUUGGCACAUGUGUGGAAACAAAUGUAUAAUUUGUAGACAUGCAAAAAAUGUUGCCUUUCAGUGUAUUGAAAGCUUAUGGGAUCCCUGAUAACUCAACA